CCGAGUUUUUUUCCAAGUGAAAACUUUUUCCUGUACGCAAACACUCGUGAAGCAGGGGAAAGGGCUAGUUACUCGCAAUAAAAGAAAACAGCAAAACGCGGUCGUUGCCUUGCCUUCAUUUGUGGCCGUGGGGUUGGGCUUGGCCGAUAGGCAGCCACUUAAAAGUUGAGGCUUUUGAAAGCCGUCAGCCUUGGGAGAGGCAGGGGCAGAGGAAUAUUGAACAAGAUGGCGGCGAGAGGCAGAGCGGUAGAAACGCUGCCCAAGCUGAUCAGAAGCCUGAGGAAGGACUCACCCUCUUCAACCCGGCGUCAGCCCUUGCCAUCCCUCAGACGCGCUUUUUCUCUCUAUGAUCAGAUCAAUCUCAUCGAUAAUGUCCCCGAAGACCAGCUUCGUUUCCAAGGAUAUACCGACACAGGAUUCACCGUGAAUGGGGUCAACUAUGAAGGCAGCUUGCUAUGUGUGGGAAAUUUGCUCACUUCUUGGGUUCCCAAUAAGUUUUCUCAAAUUACUCCCGACAGCUUAUCUAUCUUCCAAAUCAUACGACCUAUUCCAGAAAUCUUGAUUCUUGGCUGUGGAAGGAACAUUGAACCAGUGGAUCCUGAACUCAGGCACUUCAUCCGAUCUACUGGCAUGAAGUUGGAAGCUCUAGACUCGAAGCACCAGAAGGAACCAACUUCGACCACAAUCUCCGGGGGCUCAAUUUUUUGUUUCUCCUGUUGCAGAGAAAUGCUGCAUCUACUUAUAACAUACUGAAUGAGGAAGGUAGAAUUGUGGCUGCGGCGCUGCUCCCGAAUGGAGUUUCUUCAUGAAUCUUGCAACUUCUGAUUUUACAAUGGAGGGUUUAAAUUGUGUCAGAGCUGACAAUUAUAGGUCUGAAGGGUUUACCCUUGGUUGAAAGUGAAACACAGUGGCUGGCUUUACAGCCGUUUCUAUUUUGUGCCUGUGUUAUUUUUGUUGUUCUUUUCCCCCCAGUUCUUGGGAGAGGUGGAGGCUGUGAACCCCCUGAUAGUGACAUAAAUUUUAGUUGCUUAUGAUUUGUCGAGACCUAAAACUGAAGCCAUUCUGAGUUGUGGACAGCUAGCUAAUAGAAGUAAUGCUUCAGGCAGUUGAACGUGAUCGUGACUUAUAUGGAUCUUGGUACGAGGAAGGAAGCUUUGUUGCUUCCAUGAUAAAUAUAUUAUUUUUUUCGGUUUCCAUGUGAAAUGUAUUAGUUGCGUCCUUCGAUU